AGGGUGGGUGGAGCGGGCAGCAGGUGCGAGAACACAGAUUGCGUAAAAGGCUGGAGGCUGUGAGGGGCAGGGGAAGGACGUGUGACCAGGCUCAGAUCUGGAGUUUCAGCUUGGCCAUCGAGCCAAGCAGACACGCAGCAGGAGCCAGGAGAGGCCACCCUGCCACCAGCCCCAGUUUCUCUCCUGUCUUCCGUCACCAUGGGGAGCAAACGCAGCCCCCAACUCUGCCUGGUACCCUUGAUCCUGGGCCUCUUGUCUGGAGGUGUGAGCAUGACGCCAUUGCCUGAGGCUGGGCCCCAGAGCCCCUGCUCUCUGGAGGGAGUAGAGAUCAAAGGUGGCUCCUUCCGGCUUCUCAAGGCGGGCCAGUCACUGGAGUACUUGUGUCCUUCUGGCUUCUACCCAUACCCUGUGCAGAUUCGUACCUGCAGAUCCACGGGAUCCUGGAGCACCCUGCAGACCCAAGACAAAAAGAUUGUCAAGAGGGCCGAAUGCAAAGCAAUUCGCUGUCCCAGACCGCAGGACUUUGAGAACGGGGAGUACUGGCCCCGGGCCCCCUACUACAAUUUGAGUGACGAGAUCUCUUUCCACUGCUAUGAUGGUUACAAUCUCCGGGGCUCUGCCAAUCGCACCUGCCAAGCGACGGGUCGGUGGGACGGGGAAACGGCCAUCUGUGACGAUGGAGCGGGGUACUGCCUGAACCCGGGCAUCCCCAUUGGCACAAGGAAGGUGGGCAGCCAGUACCGCCUUGAAGACACUGUCACCUACUACUGCAGCCGGGGGCUCACCCUACGUGGCUCCAAGCAGCGAACAUGUCAGGAAGGUGGCUCUUGGAGUGGAACGGAGCCUUCUUGCCAAGACUCCUUUAUGUACGAUACCCCUGCAGAGGUGGCCGAAGCCUUCCUGUCUUCCCUGACAGAGACCAUAGAAGGAGUUGAUGCUGAGGAUGGGCACAGCCCAGGGGAACAACAGAAGAGGAAGAUUAUCCUGGACCCCUCGGGCUCCAUGAACAUCUACCUGGUGCUGGAUGGAUCAGACAGCAUUGGGUCCCACAACUUCACAGGGGCCAAGAGGUGUCUCAGCAACUUCAUUGAGAAGGUGGCAAGUUAUGGGGUGAGGCCAAAAUAUGGUCUAGUGACAUAUGCCACAGACCCCAAAGUUUUGAUCAGAGUGUCUGACCCAAAGAGCAGCGAUGCAGACUGGGUCACAGAGCAGCUCAACCAAAUCAACUACGAAGACCACAAGUUGAGGGCAGGGACUAACACCAAGAAGGCUCUCCUGGAAGUAUACAACAUGAUGAGCAGGGAAGUGAACAAACUCCCUGAAGCCUGGAACCGCACCCGCCACGUCAUCCUCCUCAUGACUGAUGGCUUGCACAACAUGGGUGGGGAUCCAGUCUCUGUCAUUCACGAUAUCCGGGACUUGCUGGACAUUGGUAGAAAUCGCAAAAAGCCCAGGGAGGAUUAUCUGGACAUCUAUGUGUUUGGGGUUGGGCCUCUGGUGAACCAAGACAGCAUCAAUGCUUUGGCUUCCAAGAAGGAUAAGGAGCAACACGUGUUCAAACUCAAGGACAUAGAUAACCUGGAGGAUGUUUUCAUACAAAUGCUUGAUGAAACCCGGACUCUGGGUCUUUGCGGCAUGGUUUGGGAGCACAAGAAAGGUACUGACUAUCACAAGCAACCAUGGCAGGCCAAGAUCUCAGUCACUCGUCCUUUGAAGGGACAUGAGAGCUGUAUGGGUGCUGUGGUGUCUGAGUACUUUGUGCUGACAGCGGCACACUGUUUCACUGUGGAUGACGAGAAACACUCAAUCAAGGUCAGCAUGGGAGGGAAGAAGCAGGAGUGGGAGAUAGAAGAAGUCCUAUUUCACCCAAACUACGACCUCAAUGCGAAAAAUGCAAAAGGCAUUCCUGAAUUUUAUGACUAUGACGUGGCCCUCAUCAAGCUCAAGAAGAAGCUCAAGUACAGUGAGACCAUCAGGCCCAUUUGUCUCCCCUGCACUGAGGGAUCGAAUCAAGCUUUGAGGCUUCCACAUUCAACCACGUGCCAGCAACAGAUGCAAGAGCUGCUCCCGGCAAAGGAUAUCAAAGCUCUGUUUGUGUCCGAGCUGUCUAAGGAUCAUAAGAAGACACUGAUUCGGAAGGAGGUCUACAUCAAGAAUGGGGAAAAGAAAACUGGCUGUGAGAGGGAUGCUCUACGUGCCAUAGGCUAUGACAAAGUCAAGGACGUCUCUGAAGUAGUCACCCCCAGGUUCCUUUGCACCGGAGGGGUGGCUCCCUAUGCUGACCCCAACACUUGCAAAGGUGAUUCUGGUGGUCCCCUGUUUAUUCACAAGAAGAGUCGCUUCAUUCAAGUUGGUGUGAUCAGCUGGGGCGUUGUGGACGUCUGCAAGGGGCAGCAACAGGUACCUGCUUACGCCCGAGACUUUCACAUCAACCUCUACCAAGUGCUGCCCUGGCUCAAGGAAAAACUCCAAGAUGAGGAUCUGGGUUUUCUAUAAGGGGUUUCCUGUUGGAAACGGGCAUGAGAUCAAAUUAAAACAACUACGACAACA